AUGCCCGCACAUCACUUUCCUGUCACCAACAUUCCUCAACCCGGCCCAUACCAAUGGCCAGGGACGGCUCAGGAUCAGAACACGAGUCCCUUGCAACGUGAUCAACACGCUGAACACACCGACCGCCCUGCAGCUCCGGAGCAGCGGCUAGCCGUCCAGCCGGAAGACAUCAAUCAAUCCCACCCCAACGAUAGACCAGCCGAAAAUGGAAACCAACAACCUGAACAGCCUCGGCCGAGUCGGCAAGUUCGACCCAUCGAGCUGUUGGAUGAGGUCUGUGCAGAUAUGGAUGACCUAAAUCUCGCGACGGCUGUUCAACUAGCCCAGGACGAUCCCAGGCUUGAUUUUCGGGCCGCCAUGGAGCAACAGGCAAUCAUAAUGCAACACAUUCAUGAUCGUCCGUUGAUGCAGCCAGAGGAAUGGAGGACUGGCGGCGGUGAAGGUGUCUUGUACUAUCGAUAUCGCCACGGAUCGCGCCGCGAUGGUAUGCAAGUUGAACGAGAUCGAUUGGUGGUGCAUGCUGACGGGCCAUUCGGUCUUGUUCGGACAAGAUCCGCUGAGGGCGUGGUGGUUACGAGGCUGCCAUUGAGAUCACAACAUGAGAGGGCGAUGAGGGAUGUCUCUGGAGGAUUGAUCCUCGAUCGGCCAGUACGACGAUGA